AUGACUGAUGUGGAGCCUGUUGUCACUGAUUUUGCAGCCACUGGGAGGACUGGCAGGAGGAACGCUGUACCUGAUAUCGCUGGGGCAGGGCCUGCUGACCUGUCAGACAAACUAGCAGAGCUUUCUGUUGUAGAUGAUGGAGGAGAAGGCGGAGAGUGCACGUCCUCUGGAAGCCCACCGAAUUGCCCUAUAGAGGGUGAGGAGAAGGCGGAGGGGACGUAA